UCGUUACCGGAUCAUAUCUCUCAUCCUCUUCUUUCGCCAUGCCCGUUCCGAGGCUGCUGCUGAUGGGCUCGCCGCAGGCACUCGUCCUCGGUUGCUCGUUUCGCCCGCGUCCGAGAUUUGCCAUUACCGACCCCAUGCGGUGCAACUCGAUCGAGCCCAGACCAGGCAGAAGGGAGGUGUUGCUGAGAAGCAGCGAAGUUGCAGCAUUGGCUGCUAUCUUCCACUUCAGUGGAACAAAGCCCAGCUAUCUCGGGAUUCAGAAGAACCCUCCAUCUCUAGCAUUGUGUCCUGCAACCAAUAACUGCAUAUCUACUUCGGAGGAGAUUAGUGAUGCCAACCACUAUGCUCCCCCAUGGAAUUACAAUCCUGAAGAUGGCCGCAGGAAAAAGCCUAUAAACAAAGAUGAAGCUAUAGCAGAGCUUCUUCAGGUGGUGACCUCACUGAAGCCCGACAAUUUCACUCCUCGUGUAGCAGAGAGAAGGGAAGACUACAUUCGAGUCGAAUACGAGAGUCCCAUAAUGGGGUUUGUAGAUGAUGUUGAGUUUUGGUUUCCACCGGGAAAAAAAUCCAUUGUAGAAUACCGAUCGGCGUCUCGUAUCGGAAACUUUGACUUCGACAUCAAUAAGAAGAGGAUAAAGGCACUGCGGUCGGAACUGGAGAAGAAGGGUUGGUCUUCUGAGGGCAGAUUCUGAAGUGCCGCCAUCGUUCGAAUGUGGUGAAUAACAAAGAAAAAUAAUUGAGUACUUUUUCUAUAUCACCACAUUCAUGCGUCAAAUUAGUUUGAUCUUUUGUACAACAGUGAAUAUGAUGUGAACAAGAUAAUUUUCCAAUCA